UUCCCACAGCUCGAGGCCGCUGCCCUGGGGCUCUGCAACAAGUUCCUGGAGGAGAUGGCCAGGUUGGCCAGCACCUGCAUCAUGGACGGCUGUGCUGAGCAGCACAAGCUCAGCGAGCAGCCAGGGCUUCCAGGGGCUCCAGGGGCUCCAGGGACGCUGGGGGCUCCAGGGACUUUGGGGGCUCCAGGGCUUCCAGGGGCUCCAGGGGCUCCAGCUCCAGGGCUUCCAGGGGCUCCAGGGGCUCCAGGGACGCUGGGGGCUCCAGGGACUUUGGGGGCUCCAGGGCUUCUUCCAGGGGCUCCAGGGGCUCCAGGGACGCUGGGGGCUCCAGGGACU